AUGGAGCCCGAUGUUUUCUCUUACAGGCCGCUUCGUGAUGAUCGACCACAAUUCCGCGAUGAUGCACAGAAAUUUCGGCUCCUCCGCCUACCUUUGGAUGGAAAGCAAUAUGGUGAUAUCCAUUGCGAGCUCGUUGAAGAUUUCUUGGAUGCCGGUAAAUCGAUGCCUUACAUUGCAGUAUCCUACCGCUGGGAGACUGGGGAAAAAACAAGUUUUAUUUGGAUCAGGCAUAACGGGGAGGACUUCGAAUGCAAAGUCCCAGUCACUAGCAGCGUCUUCUCAAUGAUCGAAGCCCUUCGCGGAGGCGACCACCGCGAACUGUGGGACGACACUGGGCUCUUCUGGAUCGACACGCUUUGUAUCAACCAAAAUGACGAUAAGGAGAAAUCACAUCAAGUCAAUCACAUGAAAGAAGUAUACACCAAUGCGAGCAAAGUCAUUGUCUGGCUUGGAAAAGCAACAGCGAAGUCUGACUUCGUGAUGGACGCACUGACGGCUUUUCAACGAAGAAUGCCGAAUCCCAAUGUACCACCCGAUGAUCCAAACUGGGAUCUUGCGUGGUAUCAAGUAACCUCGUCUUCAUUGUAUCGGUCCAAAACUACAGAUUUACGCUACAGCCUCCUUGAGGUACUUUCUCACAGUUGGUUCAGAAGGGUUUGGAUUCUUCAGGAAAUCGGGAACGCUCGUUCUGCGUAUGUCCUAUACGGCAAGAAAUCAAUAUCCACAAAGUAUUUUGUCAUGGGUACUAUGUUGGCGGGAGCUAAUCCCGGGCGUCGUUGCCAGGCGGUUCUCAACCUCAUGCCUAGUCCAGCAAGGAAAGAAGUCGACAGUGCCGACCUAUACAGUCUCCUUAAGGAAUUCAGUUCUACGGAAGCAACCGAGCCAAUAGACCGCAUUUUUGCUUUGCUUGGAUUUUAUUCGCAGGAGACAGGAAAUGGACCUCUCUUCCCGGACUACAGCAAACCUAUCAGUGAUAGUAUCCGCGAAGUAAUUUCACAUAUCUGCUUCUGCGACAGAAUCCAUGUGCCUGAAUGACUGUGCAGAUCUAUAGACAAUUUGUUUUCCGCCUUGAAGAAUCUCGAUAUUGAAAUUCUUGGGCAUCUGGCGGAGCACGCGGAUGAUGCUUCUAUCGUAAAAUUUCUAGACAAACGAACAAAGUAUACUGAACAGGUAUGUGAUAUCUUCCUGAUUUUUUGAUAUAGUGUCGAUCUUAUAUAAUAGAGAUUUAAGAACUAAUGUUAUGUUCUAUCAACAGCAUGAGAAAUUUGUGAUCAAGGAAAAGACUCUGAUCAGCAUUGCAAAACACACACGGCUUGGGAGAGACUUGAUGCAGAUCCUGGUACCACUCUGCGAUGAAAAUACUCCAAUGACAAAAGAUGUGAUUCUCGCAUUGGCCUAGAUUCAUGUAGCAGGACUGGAUAUACUCAAACUUAUUGCUCCAAAAUCCCGGAAAUGGCUACAUAUACAAGGUGAGAUAGCGAUGAAAUUGUGGGCUACUAAACAAGGACAGGAGAUUAUCACCUUGCUUUAUAGGAGGUUUCGAGUUCAUUUGCAAUUCCAGGACGAAUCCAGCAUGGAUCAAAUCAAACAGGAUUUAGACAAGCGUGGAGUUCUUAUGGCAAUUCUAGCACAGAGACUUGGUUUUAACAUUAAGCUGGAAGAUUACGAAUCUGUCUUGGAAAGUGCAGUCAGUUCUGGUCAUAUUUUUAUCAUCAGCAAUUACCAUUACUCAGAAAUACAAAACGGCUAUGAAAGACCACCCCCCAGAGCUUUUGUUGACUACUACAACGGGAACGCCUUAAGUUUUGAACGGGCAAUUCUGGACAGAGAUAUAGCCUCAGUAACCACGCUGACGAAUGUUAACAACCACACGCCCCUCGAUUCUAAGAACGAUAUUGAACGACUGUCUUCAUUGCGCGCCGUUGUCGCUGGAGACAUUGACGCCCUAUCCCAACUUGUUGAAAGUGGGGCUGAUCUGGAAUAUCAGAAUGAAUGGGGAGAAUCAUUGCUUGCCCUUGCAUCCAGAGGAGGACAUACAAAAGUGGUAGAAUACCUAAUUAAGAAAGGUGCUCUACUGGAAUCACGGUUCACUGCUGGGUGGACCCCAUUACAUCUGGCUGCAGGGCAAGGACAUGUCGACAUUGUGCGCGUGUUACUAGCACAUGGAACUAGUUCACCAUACAGAUCACCCAACGGGUGGUCUCCUUUACAUCUGGCGACAUGGCAGGGACACAUUAAUAUUGUGAGCAUUUUGUUAGAACAUGGUGCCAAUCCUAUAGUGUGA